AUGUUCGACUAUCUGCCCCAGCCCCACCUCUUCCCCCACAACCCCUACCCCUUCCCGCCCCCGCCCAUCGCCCACAAGGUCUGGAUCCUCGACUGUGCCUCAUGCGGCCUCUUCCUCACAAAUCGCGGCAUGAAGGCCGUGCUGCUGCUGCGACCAAACGUCUCGCUCUUCUCGUCCGACACCCUCCCCGUCAACUGUUCCCCCUACACCGCCAGCACAGACCCACUCCGCCCCGCCCACGCCCACAAGCCCCACACGUCCCCAUCCCCGUCGCGCACCUGCGAGUGUCUCACACAGACCCUUUGUUGUCACGGCUGCGGCUCGAACAUCGGCUACAUGAUUGUCGUCCCCUGUACUCGCUGCACCUCCUCCAUCACCGCUACCAAUCGCGCCACUAACGGACACCGCUUCGUCUUCCACUCGAGUGAGGUCGCUGGCACAGAGCGUCAUUAUAUCAAGAACGAGGCGGGCGUGUCCCCGUUUGACCCCUCUCCUCCUCCGCCCCCGCCCAAUUACUUUUCCUACCACUCGCACCCGCUCGGUCCAUAUCCGCCACACGCCCACGAUUAUGCACAUCCACGUGCACCGUCCCCUGUCUUCCGCCGCGAUUUUCUCCCCACUCCUCCGCUCGAAUACGCUGGUCCUAUACUCGGCGCGUCAAGACACAGAGAGCAGUUGCCGGAUCCUGACGCUCCUCAAUAUUACCGCGUACACCCGCCGUCUCACUACACUCACGCAUAUACGCAUGCGCACGCGGCACGCGCCCCACCCCUGCUCGUCCCUGCGCAACGCCAACCGCCAUCUCCGAGCAACCAGCUUCCGAGUCCCGUCUCGCCCGGGCCCACCUUGACGCGCUCGCGGUCUCGAUCACACUCCCGUUCCCAAUCCCCUUCCCCUUCUUCCUCCUCUUCCUCCUCGGAGUCGGACGCAGAGAGCCCGCCCCCGCUGAUCAGCCCGACGUUCAGCAAUUCCGGCACGCUCCCAACCAACAAUCACACAGGCAGUUAUCUGGCAGACCAUAAAGAGCCCCCGCCUGCCCCCGCGCCGACCCUCCAGCCAGGCGAUAUCGUGUUCUGGCACCACCUCGCGCGGACGGGCGAGAUCGCGGGUGUGGAGGACGAUCGACGCGCAAGGGGGCGCGAGAGCGCGAGAGAUGCGGGCAGGUUUUUCUUGGACCGUUGA